AUGGCCGAGACUCAUCACUUCCACGCCCACAAGCUCUUCAGCAUGGACGGCAAAGUUGCUGUUGUCACUGGAGGUGGCUCUGGCAUUGGUCUGAUGAUGACCCAGGCUCUCGCUGCCAACGAUGUCGAGAAGCUUGAGACUGCCAGCAAGGAGCACGUGCCUGAGAAUGGACAAAUCAUCCCACCGAUCUUGAGAAGCUGGUCAAGCAGAUUGAGGAGAAGGAGAAUUGCCAACGCUGGUGUUCCCGGUCCCAAGGCCGAGCCCGACAAGGAGGACGCUGGAGAGCUCAAGGACAAGCUGUGGCAGGGCGAGUCUGUCGAGGAGUGGAACGACACAUACUCGACCGACGUCACCUCAGUCUACUUUACCACUGUCGCCUUCCUGCCUCUGCUGCAAGCCGCUGUUGAGCCUCAGGGUCCUGGAGAGAAGUUCAGCUCUUCCGUAAUCACCACUUCCUCGAUGAGUGGUAUCAUGCGUCACGCUCAGGGCCACUUUGCGUACGUCGAACUUAGUCUAGGUGCAGAGCUUNACAACACUGCCAAGGGCGCAACUGUUCACCUGACCAAGCUGAUGUCCGCCGAGUUCAUGAAGGUCGGCGUUAGAGUCAACAGCAUUGCUCCUGGCUACUUCCCCAGCGAGAUGACGGCCAAGAGCUCCGACGACAGACAGAAGAGCGACCUGCCUGCCGAGAAGGUCGCCGACAAGGGCCAUGUGCCUCAGAUGCGUGGUGGACGUGACGAAGAGAUGGGUAUGCUGGCACUUUUGCUAGCCAAGAACACAUACAUCAACGGAGAAGUGAUCGCGAUUGAUGGCGGAGUGCUCAACACGCUCGCUGGUCGCUAA